AUGGGAGGCGGAGACCUCAAUCUGAAAAAGUCAUGGCAUCCCGUUCUGAUGAGCAACCAGCGGCGGGUAUGGGAGGAAGAAAAGAAGGCGCUCGACGAGCGCAAACGUAUAGAGCAGAUGAUGAAGGAGCGUCAAGAAGAACGGAAUAUCCAGGAAAUUCAAGAUAUGCAAGAGGCAGCAGGCGGUACCAAGAGAGCCCAGCGCGUGGAGUGGAUGUACUCUGGGCCCUCGGCUGGCCAAACCGGAACCACCGAAGAGAUGGAGGGGUAUUUGUUAGGGAAGAGGAGGAUAGAUGGGCUGAUCAAGGGUACGGAGAACAAAAAGCUGGAGAAGGCGUCUACGGAGGAUUCAUUCAUGGCUUUGCAGAACGCAAAUACUGUCAGGGAUACGGCUGCUAAGAUACGGGAGGACCCUAUGCUGGCGAUCAAGCAGAGGGAGCAAGCUGCGUACGAGGCGUUGAUGAACGAUCCUGUGAGCCGAAGACGUCUGCUCAAAGAGGCCGGGCAUGAUGUCAAGCCCAAAGAAAAGGAGAGACGACGCAAGCACAGACACCAUCAUCGCAACGACAGAGAUGAUGCCCGUUACUUCAGCCCUAAACGUAGGCGGACAGGUGAGGAAGACAGGCGCAGUCGGAAGAGCCGAAGGUAUGAUGAGGAAGACAGACACCAUCGGAGAAACUACCAUGACCGCCGUCGACGGUCAGAUUCUUCAAUAUACUCCGGAUCUCCAUCACCACCCCACCGCCGAAGAUCACCCUCUCCGUACAGCCAGCGAAGGAGCAGGUCUCCCUCUCCUUACUGUCACCGCAGCUCUCGAUCGCCGCCUCGCCAGCAAACCAACGGCCACCACCUCAAUCACAGCAACAGCUUUCCCUCCAAUCGCCCUCCGCCUCGUCACAAUACUUAUUCCCCAGAAGCACAACCCAAAGAGAAACCCAGAGAUCAGGCUAUGGACAAGUCUGCAAGAUUAGCCGCAAUGCAGGCUGACGCCAGCGAUCUGGAUGCUGUACGCUCCAACCGACUUGCCGCCAUUGAGGAACGCGAAGGCGUAGAGCGAGAAGCGGAACAGAAAGCGAGGGAUCGAUCGGGAAAAUAUGGUGGAAGAGGAGACUUCGUCAAUGGGUUGAAUCGCAGGGCUGGAGAGAUGGAUGUUGCUGAGAGAAUUCAGAGAAACAGGGGUGGCCUGGAGAGGGGUCUUGACAGAGAAUGA